AUGGGGAAACGGCGUUCUCACGGCCCCGACGGCGCCGCAGCGUCGCGGAAAAGGCAGAAGACUGUGCACGAAGCGCCGACGUCAGAGGAGGUUCACACGAGCAGACAACUGCAGCAGCUGCUCUCCUUCAGUCAAGACCCAGCGCGGGCGCGGCACGGUCUGCAGUCCUUCAAGCUCUUCCUCGACGAUCUUCUCGACCCCGACCGCGACCAUGCCGACCGCCCUAGGAUCCUCCGGGACUACCUCCGGUCCGCGAACCCCUCCGCCGACGAAGAGAACCCGAAGCGCCAGCAGGAGCUCAUCGCGCGGAACCUGUCGGCAGACAAGGGCAAGGCCUUCAUCAUUUCUCCGACUCUGCGCAUGUUGAGGGAGGCCAUCAGCUUCGACGGCGGCGCCAUCGCAAGACCCUUGUUCCGCGCCAGGGCAUCCACCCUCAAGUCGCUGGCCCGGAACAUGGGCAUCGUCCACAUCGGGGAUGAGGCCGAGGAUCCGAAGCGGCCGUCUCCUCGGACCAAUGCCAUCCUCUUCUUCCUCAGCGCCCUCAAGUAUCUCCAUCCCGAGGCCAAGAAGGAGCUGCUCUCCCAGAGGGACAUUGUGUCCGCCCUUACGCGCGACGUCAAGCAGGACCCGCCGUAUCUCGUCCGGGAGCUUUUGGAUGGCUUGCGGAGCCACGUGCUGCUGGAUGACAAGCUCCCGAGGGAAGCCAAGGGAAACUUGCUGAACGCAUCCACUCUCACCCGCCUCUCGGCGCUUUACCAAUACCGUCUGGACGCCCAGGUCGAGGAUGGCCCCUCGAUUUCCGACCUCGCCCACGAAUUCCUGCUGCUGGCAUGCACGAAUCCGGCAUGCGGCGUGCUGAGGCAAGACUCGGGCUUUUACCCCCGAGACGCCGAUCCGAACGCCGCGAUCCCCGCCGCCGAGCUGGAUGACUUGGGCUUGGAAGCGAUCGUUUGGGUGAACAAGUACAAGACCGAGGUGCCCGUUCGGAACUUCGCCUUGUCCAAUUUCCUGCUAAACCUACGUCCGUGGUCCAGCGUCAAGCAGAGCGAGCUCAUCACCUCCGUCUUUAAGGUCGCCCCCGAGCUGGUGGCCAACUACUUCCUCGCCAGCAAAUCCUUCACCUUUGAGCCAAAGCUCUCGGCAACGUGGAUAGGAUAUGCCGCCUUCAUCUUCAACGUCGUCACUCUCCCUUUACCAGACCAUUUUUGCCGCGCGACCGCCUUUCCCGAGCUCCCGCCACCCCCCUCAAUCGUCAUCGACAACAUCCUCCCGGCCCCGCUGAACCAAAAGACAUUAUCCCGGAGCUUGGCGAAUAAGUCGAACCUGAUCUCGUUCUUUGCGACUCGAAUCUUGGUGGUCGCGAUCGAGAAGCUGGAGCAAGCAAUCAAGAUGCACCAGGACCCUUCGCACUCCAACGGGACAGUCUGGGCAGAGGCCGCGCGCAGGCUGGUCGACGAGUUCUGUCAACGGAGCCCCGGUAUCAAGGAGAUGAUCAACGCGUACCGGUCCGUACCCGAAGGCGAUCUUCUCCACCGGGAGGCAGCAAGUCGGUUAUUGCGCCUCUGCUACGAGGUGCUCCCACAAGUCGCCCUUCUGGCCAAGUUCGACGUCUCCCCAUUCCUGGAGACAACCCUCGCUCGUCUGUCUCGGCGAGAGCUGAGCGAUGCCCGCGAUUUUGCCCUGAGUCUCAAGGAACUGGAAAACCUGCUCGCCAUCGCCGGGUAUUCACCUGGGAUGCGGUGGCUUGCCGCUUCCGAGGCUCUCUCCCUUUCCCCAUUCACCCUCCUGCUCAAGGUCUGCGUCGAUGCUCCCCAUGGCGUUGCCCUCGAGACAAUACGGACGGUGCUCAACUUCGUUGCCGUCGAGCAGCAACUAGUACCCGCCGAAAACAAACACCCCGGGCUGCUCGCGCUACUCGAAGCGCUGCAAUCCUUACGGCAGUCCUCCCCGGAUUCGGUCGCGCACCUGUGGCCGUUCUUGGAUAACUGCUUGACUCGCUGUGCAAACGCCCCGGUCAAGUAUGUUGAGAAGAUGCAGGAUCUGGUUCACGAGUCCACCUCGGGGCCAGACCAGGACUUAGCUGGUGCGGUUAUUAGUCCCUUAACUGUGGCCAUCCUCGAGCAGUUGCCGUUCGUCGCGGCAAAGGAGGGCGGGGAUGCCACGAUCAGGGCCCUCGGUCGCUUUCUGCCCAAGUUUCUGGGACUCUCGGCAACUGCCGGGGAGAGCCAGCCGUUACUCGACCUGGUCUUUUCGAAGAUGGUGGCACACCUCUCGGACACAAAGGGCAAGCUCGCCAAGGCCGGGGUCCCGAGAAACCUGGCGUUCGAGCACAACACACUGCAGCCGACUUCGGAGCCCAAGAGCAGGAAAGGUUGGGAUACGACGACCGGGCAGCAAGAACCACGGCCCGAGCCGGCCGUAGAUGAAGAAGUUCUAGAGAACACGCUCCACGUGCCAGACGGCCUGGAGGCGGACAACUCGGCAUUAAUGAAGUGGUCGUCCAAGACCGUGGACGAGCUGGUCGACGAGGGUUAUCUUGCAUCUCUCAUAGCACUCCUGGCGUCGGAGCAUGCCAGCAUACGAAAGGAGGCGCUCGUCAACAUCCUCAAGGCAGCGGCCAAGAUCAAACAGUCCGAGUACGAGGAAAAGGAGCAGGUCUGGCUCCUCCUGUCGGAGAUCGCCGAGACCGCGCGCGACAGCAUCAACGACGAGCCGUUGCCGAGCACCAUUGUCUCGUUUGCUUGCCACGGGCUCAACGUGCUUCGCGACCCGCUCUCCAACCUCUACGCCAAAGUCAACCUGUUCCUCACGCGCGGGCCGGUAUGGAGCCUAGACAAACCCCCACUCCUGGACGAGAUUCUGUCGGAGGACCCGGGCGUUGGCGACGCCUUCUACGCGCAGGCUAACUGGCUGCUCGGUUACCUAAUCGACGGGCUGCGCACCUCACGCGACCUCGAGCUGUUCCGCAAGAAACGGGCAAAGGGACCCGUGUUGGAGCGCAUCCUGGCCCUCGCGGCCAACCCGUACAUGCGGCUGCCGCUCCGGAGCCAGGUGCUGAGGCUGCUAUACCGAGCCACGCGCAUCCAGGGCGGUAGCACGACGCUGACGACGAGGUUCGGGAUCAUGAACUGGCUCGAAGCGAGGCAGGCGGCUUGCACGGAUGCCGCCGAGGCGGCUGUCUAUGGGGGAUUGCGCAGGAGGAUCUGGGAGACGUGCGACCAGGAUAGGGUGAGGGCGUGGAGUAUGGGAGGAUUGGACGGUGCCGCGUCAUAG